AUGUCGCUGCCCAACGAACAGUCAAACUUGCCGCACAAUCCAACAACCAGCCAACCAGCAUCAGCAUCUGCAUCUGCAUCAGCAUUCGCCGACACACAGACACCAGCCACAGCAACAGCAACAGGAUCCACAACACCAUCCACACCAACACCAUCCACAAGACCCACACAACAACAACAAUCAAAUGAGCUGAAACACCGCCUGACGCCACUGAAUGUGCGUCGUUUAUCGGGCUACGUUAAUCCGCAAGCGAUCAGCGAUAAUGCUGGCGAUGAUCCCCCGCCCACCACCAUUAACAUUGGCCUCUUCAACAACAACAACAACAACAAUAAUACAAAUAAUAAUUAUUAUAAUAACAACAACAACAACAACACAGCAUCAACAACGCCACCAUCCGCAUAUGCCACACCACCAAUAUACCAACAACAGUUGUCCACACUGACAGCAACAACACCGCUAGAUGUGGCACCGGAUGAUAAAUACAGAUUGUUUACCAUUUUCAAUGGAAACGAUCCCGACAAUGAGAAAUUGUCGGGCCUGCCACAUUCGACAACCGGUUCACUAAGCUCAAUCAUCACGACGUCCAUAGCCUCCUCCGAACCGGAUCCUGGAGCGGUGAGCGGCGGCGGUGGAGCGGGAGGAGCAGGAGGCGCGGGAGGAGCUGGAGGAGCAGGAGGAGCAGGUGGCGGUGGCGGUGGCGGUGGCAAUGGCGGCAUCGGUUCCGGUGCCCUGGUGGCGGCGGACGCCUCCAGCAUUGCCGGCAUCAAUGGCAGCUCCGAGGAGAAGAUGGCGCUCAAUCGACCCGGCAUCAAGCAGGAGAAGUGGACGACGAUCUUGCUGCAGGUGUCCAUUCCGUUCUUUCUGGCCGGGAUUGGCACCAUCGGAGCUGGCAUUGUCCUGGGACGCGUUGAGAAAUGGUAUGUCUUCAAGAAUGUAAGCGAGCUGUUCAUCCUGGUGCCGGCGCUGUUGGGCCUCAAGGGCAACCUGGACAUGUGCCUGGCAUCGCGGCUCUCCACGCAAGUGAACCUGGGCAACAUGACCAGCAGACAGGGCGUGAUACGGAUGAUAGUGGGGAAUAUAGCACUGGUGCAGGUCCAGGCGACGGUGGCCUCCUUUCUGGUGGCCAUGUUUGCGGUGAGCGUGGGUGCGGCCAUGACCGGCGACUUCUAUUUCGAGAACAUGAUGCUGCUGACUGCCUCGGCCAUGUUCACGGCCACCUCGUCGUGCUUUGUGCUGGACUUCGUUUUGGUCGCGGUUAUCCUGUUCUCGCAGAAGUAUCGCCUCAAUCCGGACAACCUGGCCACGCCAUUGGCCGCCUCCAUUGGUGAUGUGGUGUCCAUCAGUUUGCUCUCCUUUAUCGCCUCGCUGCUGUACGAUCAUAUCAAAACGCACCUGUGGAUCACAUUCAUCGUGGUCACCUGCUACCUGGUGCUGUUGCCCAUGUGGGUGAUGAUCGUGCUGAGGAACGAGUACACGCGACCGGUGCUAAAGAGCGGAUGGGUUCCCGUCCUCUCGGCCCUCUGCAUAAGUGGUCUGGGUGGCCUUGUGUUGGAUGCAGCCGUCGAGGUGUUUAAUGGAUUCGUAGUGUUUCAACCGAUCAUCAAUGGAAUCGGCGGCAAUCUGGUAUCGGUGCAGGCCAGCAAGAUAUCCACAAUGCUGCACCAGAGCUCAAUUAUCGGGAUUAUACCACCGCACACGCAGAUCUUCGAGUGGCCUUGGCGGGCGCUCUUCAAAGGAGUUCCCUAUGCGAAGACAGCGAGGAUACUUAUUGCCAUGUCCAUACCCGGCAAUGUUCUGUUCAUCUUUGCUGCUGACUAUAUAAACUAUAGCACCUCGACGGUCACCUGGGUGUUUGUGCUUUCCUAUCUGACCGCCAGUUUGGUUCAGGUGAUGCUGCUGCUGUAUAUUGCGCACAUCAUUGUGCACGCGAUGUGGAAGUGGAAGAUCGAUCCGGAUAACUCGGCCAUACCCUACCUGACGGCCUUGGGCGAUCUGCUCGGCAGCAGUCUGCUGGCGGUGGCGUGGCUCUUCACCAUGUCGGUGGGCAUGCAGUACGGAUCCGGAAUGGAGACACUCAACGCACCUAACUAAAGUAGCUAAUGAAAUAGGGAGUACGGAGUAACGUAGAACGAUAAACAAGACAGCCACACACCACACCAUACAAUUU